CAUGCUGCCGUCUCCUAGCAACGCCUGAGGUGGCAAAGGGCAGGGCCAGGCUGGCUCAGUCCCAGGCAUCAGGCUGUACUGGAGCCGCCGGAGGGCUCAGCCCAGCCGCUGGGGGGCGCUAGUGGGGCGGGGGCGAGCCAUGGCACAGAAAAGCACCAACCCCACCCAGCAAUUCAACUUUGUGGCUCAAGAUAAGAUCUGGAAAUCUCACGUAGAAGCUGAGCUUGAAGCUGCAAAGAAAUGGUCCGUCAAAUGGGGAUUUUUAACAACACCUUUUGAGGAGUUGAUAAAAGACGAAAGGAAAGAACCCACUAAGCCUAAGAUAGAGCUUCCAGAACAUUUACAAAUCCGACCUGUAACACCAGUGGAAAAAUAUAUUAAGGUCUACCCAUCUCCUCCAAUCCCUAAAACAACUCAAGGAUUUAUUGGCUGGAGAUCAUCUGUGCCAGGACUGAAACUUGAACGUUAUUAUCAGAUCAGAAGCUGCAAAGGUGCCUUUCACAAGGAUCUGAAGUGGCCUGAUGAACCCUCUGAUUGACAUUAAGAAAUAAUGAAUAGGCAUAUUGAGCCAUUUUUUCUUAAUCUAAGUUAAUAUUCAGUAGAACAAAUGUCAGAUUUGCAUAAAUUGAUAUUAGAGCAUAAAUGUUUGUGCAUAAUGUCAGCAAUAUAUUAGGUGAGAGGUCUAUGUGAGAAAUGUAGCAUGUCAGUUGAUACUGUUUUAUUGAAGUCUACAGUACACAUACUGUUAGUGCACAUUUUGGAAUGUUUUUCCAUGAAAGCAGCUCUAAUUUAAACACCUUAUAUUCCGCAAUAAGUUUUCCUGUAGAAGAAUCUUAGGAAGAUUAUUUAAGUAGCAUCCUUCUAGUUGUCUGCAUUACAAUUUAUCUAUGACUGUUCUGGUGAGUCAGAUGUGUAACUAAAUUACACAUAAAUUACUAAAUACA